AAUCCUGAAGUCAGCGCCUUGCCUUCUCUUAGGCUUUGAAGCAUUUUUUGUCUGUGCUCCCUGAUCUUCAGGUCACCACUAUGAAGUUCUUAGCAGUCCUGGUACUCUUGGGAGUUUCCACGCUUCUGGUCUCUGCCCAGAGUCCAACAACAUCUGCUCCAGCUGACACACAUCCAGCUACUGGCCCUGAUGGUGAUGAAGCCCCUGAAGCUGCAACCACUGCUGCUGCAACCACUACAACCACCGCUGCUGCAACCACUACGACCACCGCUGCUCCUACCACUGCAACCACCGCUGCUUCUACCACUGCUCGUAAAGGCAUUCUAGAUUUACCCAAAUGGCUUCAGGAUCUCCUGAAAGGCAAAGUUUUUCCCUGAGAUGCAAUCAGCUUGAAUCUUCUGCAAUUGGUCACAACUAUUCACGCUUCCUGUGAUUUCAUCCAACUACUUACCUUGCCUACUAUAUCUCUUUAUCUUAAUCAGUUUAUUUUCUUUCAAAUAAAAAAUAACUAUGAACAACAUAAAA